CGAUGUUUCUCCACCUACUGGCGAUUUCCAAAUAAAUCGGUACCUAAGCCAAAAAAAAAAGAAGAUACAUAUUCUGAAAACAAUUGCUAAAAACUAAGCGAAUCGCGAUUAAAAGGGUGCUCAGCGAAAAACGAAGUGUGCGAAUUGCGAUGCGACGCUCGCCCGGGUGAUCCCUGUGCGCCCAGGUUCCGCUCUACGCUCCACUCCGGUCCGCUCGCCACCCGAAUACAAAUACAAAUACAAACAACGGGCGGGGAGGCGGAGGAAAAGGCUAGGCGGACAUCCAAGGUGCUCCACUGCUCGACUGCUGCACUGCAUCACCGCAACUGUAUCCCUGCUCCCACGGCGCACAGAAUGUUCUCCGGAGCCAGCGGUCAUGCCCACCACACCAUUAGCUACGGGGGCGGGAUCGGCCUGGGUGGCGCAGGAGGAGGCGGAUCUCAUGGAGGCGGCUCCACCAACCUCAGUGGAGGCAGUGGGGCUGGGCUGCAGGACUGCGAUGGCUACGACUUUACCAAAUGCGAGAAUGCAGCGCGGUGGCGCGGUCUGUUCACGCCCUCGCUGAAAAAAGUGCUGGAGCAAGUGCAUCCGCGCGUCACGGCCAAGGAGGACGCUCUGCUGUACGUGGAGAAGCUCUGCCUCCGGCUGCUGGCCAUGCUGUGCGCCAAGCCGCUGCCCCACUCCGUCCAGGAUGUGGAGGAGAAGGUGAACAAGUCCUUCCCGGCGCCCAUCGACCAGUGGGCCCUCAACGAGGCCAAGGAGGUGAUCAACUCGAAGAAACGCAAGUCUGUCCUGCCCACGGAGCGGGUGCACACGCUGCUGCAGAAGGACGUGCUGCAGUACAAGAUCGACAGCUCCGUGUCCGCCUUCCUGGUGGCCGUGCUCGAGUACAUCUCGGCGGACAUCCUCAAGAUGGCCGGCGACUAUGUGAUCAAGAUCGCCCACUGCGAGAUCACCAAGGAGGACAUCGAGGUGGUGAUGAACGCCGACCGUGUCCUCAUGGACAUGCUCAACCAGAGCGAGGCCCACAUCCUGCCCAGCCCCCUGUCGCUGCCCGCCCAGCGGGCGAGUGCCACCUACGAGGAGACGGUCAAGGAGCUGAUCCACGACGAGAAGCAGUACCAGCGCGACCUGCACAUGAUCAUACGCGUCUUCCGCGAGGAGCUGGUGAAGAUCGUGGCGGAUCCGCGCGAGCUGGAGCCCAUAUUCUCCAACAUCAUGGACAUCUACGAGGUCACCGUGACUCUGCUGGGCUCUCUCGAGGAUGUGAUCGAAAUGUCCCAGGAGCAGAGUGCCCCCUGUGUGGGCAGUUGCUUUGAGGAACUGGCCGAGGCCGAGGAGUUCGAUGUCUACAAGAAGUACGCUCACGAUGUGACCUCGCAGGCCUCGCGGGAUGCCCUAAGCAAUCUCCUGUCCAAGCCAGGGGCAUCAUCACUGACCACCGCUGGCCAUGGCUUUCGCGAUGCCGUAAAGUACUAUCUGCCCAAGUUGCUUUUAGUGCCCAUUUGCCAUGCCUUCGUUUACUUCGACUACAUUAAGCAUCUCAAGGAUCUCAGCUCGUCGCAGGACGACAUCGAGAGCUUCGAACAGGUCCAGGGCCUGCUGCAUCCACUCCACUGCGAUCUCGAAAAGGUGAUGGCCGUGCUGUCCAAGGAGCGACUGGUCCCGGUCAGUGGACGAGUGCGCCGCCAGCUGGCCAUCGAGCGCACAAGGGAACUCCAGAUGAAGGUGGAGCACUGGGAGGACAAGGACGUGGGCCAGAACUGCAAUGAAUUUAUUCGCGAGGAUUCGCUGAGCAAGCAGGGAUCUGGCAAACGAAUUUGGAGCGAGCGCAAGGUCUUUCUCUUCGACGGGCUGAUGGUGCUGUGCAAGGCGAACACCAAGAAGCAGACGCCGUCGGCGGGAGCAACGGCCUACGACUACCGGCUGAAGGAGAAGUUCUUCAUGCGACGCGUGGACAUCAUCGAUCGGCCGGACAGCGACGACCUGAAGAACAGCUUUGAGCUGGCCCCCAGGAUGCAGCCGGCCAUUGUGCUCACGGCCAAGAAUGCGCAGCACAAGCACGAUUGGAUGGCCGAUCUGCUGAUGGUGAACACCAAGUCGAUGCUGGACCGACAUUUGGACAGCAUACUGCAGGACAUCGAGCGCAAGCACCCGCUGCGCAUGCCCAGCCCGGAGAUUUACAAGUUUGCGGUGCCGGACAGCGGCGACAACAUCGUUCUGGAGGAGCGCGAAAGCGCCGGCGUGCCGAUGAUCAAGGGGGCCACGCUGUGCAAGCUGAUCGAGCGGCUCACCUAUCACAUCUACGCCGAUCCGACCUUCGUGCGCACCUUCCUCACCACAUAUCGCUACUUCUGCUCGCCCCAGCAACUGCUGCAGCUCCUGGUGGAGCGCUUCAACAUACCGGACCCCAGUUUGGUUUACCAGGACACCGGCGCAGCAGGCCCGGGCGGCAUUGGCGGCGGGGGCGGUGACAAGGAGCACAAGAACACCCACCGUGAGGACUGGAAGCGGUAUCGCAAGGAGUAUGUGCAGCCAGUCCAGUUCCGAGUGCUCAAUGUGCUGCGCCACUGGGUCGAUCAUCAUUUCUACGACUUCGAAAAGGAUCCCAUGCUGCUGGAGAAGCUGCUCAACUUUCUAGAGCACGUGAAUGGCAAGUCGAUGCGCAAGUGGGUGGACUCGGUGCUUAAGAUUGUUCAAAGAAAGGUGGGUAAACUGUGCAUUUCUACAAAUUUUAUUUUUAUUUAUUUCAAAUUACUUCCUCCUCUGCAGAACGAGCAGGAGAAAAGCAAUAAAAAGAUUGUGUACGCCUAUGGCCACGAUCCGCCGCCCAUUGAGCAUCAUCUAUGUGUACCCAACGACGAGAUUACGCUGCUCACCCUGCAUCCCCUGGAACUGGCCCGCCAGCUCACCCUGCUGGAGUUCGAGAUGUACAAGAACGUGAAGCCGUCGGAGCUGGUCGGCUCGCCCUGGACGAAGAAGGACAAGGAGGUGAAGAGCCCCAACUUGUUGAAAAUCAUGAAGCACACCACCAACGUGACCCGCUGGAUUGAGAAGUCCAUCACCGAGGCGGAGAACUACGAGGAGCGCCUGGCGAUCAUGCAGCGGGCCAUCGAAGUGAUGAUGGUGAUGCUGGAGCUGAACAAUUUCAAUGGCAUCCUCUCGAUUGUCGCGGCCAUGGGCACGGCAUCGGUCUAUCGCCUGCGUUGGACCUUCCAGGGCUUGCCAGAACGCUACAGGAAAUUCCUGGACGAGUGCCGAGAACUCAGCGAUGAUCAUCUGAAGAAGUAUCAGGAACGAUUGCGAUCCAUCAAUCCGCCUUGUGUUCCGUUUUUCGGUCGCUACCUGACGAACAUCCUCCACCUGGAGGAGGGCAAUCCAGAUCUGCUAGCCAACACGGAGCUGAUCAACUUCUCCAAGCGACGGAAAGUGGCCGAGAUUAUUGGCGAGAUUCAACAGUACCAGAACCAGCCGUACUGCCUCAACGAGGAGUCCACCAUUCGGCAGUUCUUCGAGCAACUGGAUCCGUUCAACGGACUGUCCGACAAGCAGAUGUCCGACUAUCUCUAUAACGAGAGCUUGCGCAUUGAGCCCAGGAAAUGCAAGACGGUGCCCAAAUUCCCUCGCAAAUGGCCGCACAUUCCGCUCAAAUCGCCGGGCAUCAAGCAGCGUCGUCAGAAUCAGUCCAACAGCAGCAGCAAGUUGUCGAACAGCACUUCAUCGGCCGCAGCCGCAGCAUCCUCGACGGCAACCACAAUAGCGACAGCGGCAGCGCCAUCCGUGCAUCCGGCCAGCACAAUGGAGCCACCGGCAGCGUCUGGAACGUCUGGCUCCCUCGCCGGCGAACAAAGUCCGCAGCACAAUCCGCACGCGUUCUCCGUCUUCGCGCCAGUCAUCAUACCCGAACGGAACACAAACAGCUGGAGCGGAACGCCACAGCACACUCGAACGGAUCAGAACAACGGGGAAGUCUCGGUGCCGGCGCCACUUCUUCCCAGGAAACCGGGUGCGCAUGUCUGGGCCAACAACGCUUCGCUGGCCAGUGCCUCCGCGCAGGAUGUGUUCAGUCCAGCGCUGCCGGAGCAUCUGCCGCCACAGUCCCUGCCGGACAGCAAUCCCUUUGCGUUGGCCAUGUCGGACCCCGACGCCCCGCCCUCGCCGCUGCCCAAGCUAGUGGUCAGUCCGCGCCACGAGACCGGCAAUCGAUCACCAUUCCACGGGCGUCUGCCGUACAGCCCUACGCACAGCAUAGCCAGCACGGUGACCCUCACAGGAGUGGCUGGAGCCGGAAUGACCGGCGAGGAGGUCAGCCCGCAAACGGGCGGCUUCUACUUCAACAGCGCCCAUCAGGGACAGCCGGGGGCAGUGCCAAUAUCGCCGCACGUCAACGUCCCGACCGCCUCCAAUCUGGAGUACCGAGCCGUUCCCCCUCCACUGCCGCCGCGACGCAAGGAGCGCACGGAGAGCUGUGCGGACAUGGCCCAGAAGCGACAGGCGCCUGACGCACCCACAUUACCCCCGCGUGAUGGCGAACCCAGUCCGCCGCCCAUACCGCCACGGCUCAACCAUUCCAUGGGCAUGAGCUACUUGCGACACAGCCACGGCAAGUCGAAGGAGUUUGUGGGCAAGAGCAGCCUGCUCCUGCCCAACACCAGCAGUAUUAUGAUACGCCGCAACUCGGCGAUCGAGAAGCGGGCGGCGGCAGUUGGCCAGCAGUCGGAUCCGGCUGGGAUGGGGUGCAUCGGCACCACGCUGGUCACGGUUUCGCAGGCCAUUGCCAUGGACAGUGAACAGCAGCCGCCGCCAUCGAUCUCGCCCGCACUGAGCUCCUCGACGACCACAUCACCGCUGACACCCGCCACACCCAUGUCCCCCAACAUUCCCAGCCAUCCGGUGGAGAGCACGUCGAGCAGCUAUGCCCACCAGUUGCGAAUGCGGCAGGGCACCCCCAAACUUCCACCAAAACCUAGUCUAAGCGCUAACUUCUAUAACAAUCCAGAUAAAGGUACGAUGUUUCUUUACCCAAGUACAAACCAAGAAUAAUUUAAAUUGCCUGGCGAUGUGAUAAGACAAAAACUACGAGUAUGAUACGUAUGAUUCAAAGUUGCAGAUAUAUAUAUGAACGGAACGUGAGAUAUAUACAUACGUAGGCAGAGUUAUGUAUUCUAGUUGGCAUACAUACAUAUGCGAUUAUGGACCGAGUUGAUCUGAUCUGAUGAUUUUAUUAUUCGAAACUCAUUAAGCAAAACAAAACGAAACGAAACAGUCUCAUUUACACAAAAAGCACAGCAUAUAAAUACACGCAAAGCAAAGCAACCCCAACAGCAACAACAACAACAACAACAAAGGCAAAAAAGAAAUUAUGUUAUUAUAUAAUUAUUAUUAUAAAUAUUUGUAAAUAUCGAGAAAAUUGUAUUGAUCGUAGAACGUAAAACAAUAAAAUAUAACCCUAUUGUUAGACA